AAAUAAUAGUUUUAUCAAAGUUUUAUUGAAAUUUUAUUAAGUUUUAAAUUAUGUGAACAAAAGCAUCACAAGUAUGCAUAACAAGUGGAUAAUCAUAAUAACAAUCAUAUAUCUAGUGCCGUAUCUCCGGUGCGAUAGUAUUGGCCAAAAACUCUUCGGCAAUCGGCAGGACUUUCCCGGAUUGGAGGGAGUGUUGGGCGCCUUCACGGACUUCAACUACGACAGGAUUACCGACGUCUUGUUGAUCACCGAAAGCGGCCGAUCGGUUGAAGUGGUCGACGGCGGCAUCGAUGAGGAGCCGUAUUUGAGCCGCCGGUCAGACAUUAAGUGCACGUUUGCCGACGAGUCGGGCGACCGAAUCGUCGGUAUCGUCGCCGCGGACUUUACCGGCAAUUCAUACAGCGAUGUGUUGGCCGUCACUCAAAAUGUCCACAAAUUACCCACCGAUAAGAGCUUUAAGCUGUGGCUGUUUCGGGUCAAUGGGACACACAUUUUGUGCAACACAACUGUGCCGUUAGUCGAGAGUAUUAAGAGUUUUCCGCUGGUCUUAGACUAUAACGGAGAUAUGAUCGCCGACUUUAUCGUCGAGUCGGACGACUGCCGCAAAGAGCUGUGGACGAGUCUGUGGCCGAGUCUGUGGCCGCAAUGUCUUCACUCAAUGCACACCAAUCAACUCAUGGCGUAUCCCAAUGGCAACGCUUUCAUCGACUUAAGUGCGCCCAAAGACUUCGCGGCCGACGUCUACAUCACCGGCGCUCACACUAUGGAGUACUGGUUUCAUACGCCGGGCCAGGGAUUUACGGCCCAAAACUCGGUGAACAUCAGUUACCCGAACCGAGAUGUGUACACAGUCUGGGGUCAGUCCACGUUUGCCGACAUAGACUUUGACGGAGUGAUAGAGCAUAUGCUGCCGGUGUGUAAAGGCGGUGAUAUAGACGCGUGCGAUGAGCCGCAGAUACUGGUGUUGUCGCGCAACGGAUCCGAUUAUCAUUGGGUGGAGGCGUUGGACGAGGAGGACAGUCACGAGUUGGGUCUGACGUUCACUCAGCGCCAACUCUUCGGCUAUUUGGACCUAUUUGUAACGCUAAGGGCCGGCGAUAUGGACUCCGACGGCUACCCGGAUGUGGUCACAGCUAUGUUGGACCGAAACACGUCCCAAACGCGUGCCGUUUGGCUGCAAAACAGCGCGACUGACCCGCAGGACAGCAUCGGUUACAGGGGUCGCAAAUUUCGGAUCCAAUGGGUCAGUUCUGAGGAGGACUCGUCAGACGACGAGAGCAUACAUUUGGUGACCAUAUUUGACUUCAACGAAGACGGAAAUCUAGACAUUUUGGUGAAUACACACAACGCCAAUCACUCGGACAUCCGGCUCCGGGCCUACGAAAACAGCGGCCAAUUAUCGGAAAACUUUCUCAAAGUGUUGGUCACGAGCGGCAUCUGCUCGGGUGACGAGUGUCCGCACAUUAGAGCACCACUCGUGGGUCCGCACGUGUGUUUCAGCCCGAGUGAGGGCAAGCAGGUUGGCUGCGGGGGACAGAUGUGCCAAACGGCUCACUCGGCGCUGCAGUUGCCAUUCGUGUUGUUUGGCCUAGGUGACAUUCCCAACUUCAUCGAGAACAUCACAGUAUCCAUUCCGAGCGGACCGCUGCCGGCCGCCCCCCGGCGCCAGACCUGGUACGAGUUGAUACCCGACUCGAACCUCAUAAUCAUUCCAUACCCGGCCAACGAUACGGCCAAUUGGGUCCAGAAGUUGUAUUUGGAUCCCAAAUACUUUGCCUUCCAGACAAUGAUCACAUUAACCUCGUUGUGUUGCCUUCUCGUCGUCAUAAUCGCUAUUUUGCACAAACGGGAGCUAAAGCAAGACAUCAUUGACCAAAGGGAGUAUAGAAGGCAUUGGCUUUAA